ACGGGAGUCCGGACGUAAUUUCCGUUUCCCGUUGGAGGCAGCGGCGGCAAGCGGGACGGGAGGAUGGGCCUGAAGAGUCUGGGCGGCGUGGGGGUUGCGGCUUCCCGGGUGGAGCUGGGGGAUUGGUAGCCCCAUGUCGCACUCGUUGAAGAUGUUGCCCUGCAAGAAGAGAAGAGCUGUUGCUGUGGGGCCCCAGAGUCCUUCCGUCGACUUGAGCUAUCACAAGGAGUGUGCAGCUCUCCUCUCAGAUGCGGAGUCUGUUAAAUCGGAUUCUUCUAAUCCUAGCGGCGCUGAGGAGCUCAGAGACUCUGUAUCAAAGCACUGGCGAGUGAGCAACAUGACAGAUAUUCAGCCUGUGUCCGCUGCCGACAAGACUGGUGCACAGCCUGUGUGUUCUGCAAGCACUGCUAUCAUACUGGAUGAGGAUUUGCCCUUUUUGGAAACCACUGAUGGUGGAGCCUCUAAAGGAAACAUGAUCCCAGGAAAAGGGACCUCCCAGGUGUGUAGCCAAAGGGCUUGGAAAGAACCAGUGGAGAAUUUCUUGAGGAGUGGGAAAAGAAUCACAGUGAAGAGUAGAUCAGAUCUCAGUCAGGACAGUGGUGAAGGUCAACAGAACACAAAAGAAACUGCGUCGGCAACUGAAUUUCUUGAGCAGGGUAAGGAUCAACAAUUCACUGAAGAAGGGAAAUCUCCUAAAUUGCAUACAGGGGUAGAAGUAAUUUUGCAGAGACACCCCCAUCCAUCUGACAGCCACUCUCCAAAACAAGUGGCCCGAGUGAAAAGUUCCUUGCUGCUGCCGAUUAAAGCUCCUGCCACAAUCAAGACAUUGAAAAACACCAAAACAGGGGAGCAGCUGCAGCAGACUGAUGAGGAAACUGAGGACGUUGGGCUGUUUAUUCCACUGGAGGAGCAAGAUUUAGAGGAAGGUGAGAGAAGGAAGAAGAGGAGGAAGGCAACCAAACGUAAACGUGAAGAGAGAGGCCAAGAAGAGGAGGCGUCCUUGGCUUGUGACAUCAAACUAGAUGACAUGCUUGAUCGCACCUUAGAAGAUGGAGCGAAACAGCACAACUUGACCGUCGUCAAUGUGCGAAAUAUCCUCCAUGAAGUGAUCACAAAUGAGCAUGUGGUUGCCAUGAUGAAAGCAGCCAUCAGUGAGACAGAAGACAUGCCCAUGUUUGAGCCAAAAAUGACUCGCUCUAAACUGAAGGAAGUUGUGGAGAAAGGAGUGGUAAUCCCUGCAUGGAAUAUUUCUCCAAUUAAGAAGGCUAAUGAGAUCAAGCCUCCUCAGUUUGUGGACAUUCCCCUUGAAGAAGAUGAUUCAUCUGAUGAGGAAUACCAGCCUGAGGAUGAGGAUGAGGAUGAGACUGCUGAAGAGAGCUUGUUGGAAAGUGAUGUGGAGAGCACUGCCUCUUCUCCUCGGGGAGCAAAGCGAUCUAGGACAAGGCAAUCAUCAGAUAUGAUAGAGACAGAUGAAGAGGGAGCAACCCUAUCUGAGGUGGAGAAGGUGUCUGCACCCCUUAUUAGGCAUAUUAGUGCUGAAGUGGUUCCCAUGGGACCUCCACCACCACCUAAACCGAAACAGAGCGGGGAUAGCACUUUUAUGGAGAAGCUGCAUGCUGUGGAUGAGGAACUGGCCUCCAGCCCAGUGUGCAUGGAUUCCUACCAGUCUUUGGAUGAUAGCCUCAUUGCUUUCCGCACCCGAUCAAAGAGACCCUUGAAGGAUGUUCCUCUUGGUCAAUUGGAGGCUGAGCUCCGUGCCCCAGAUAUCACACCAGACAUGUAUGACCCAAAUACUGCAGAUGAUGAAGACUGGAAAAGAUGGCUUGGGGGACUCAUGAAUGAUGAUGUGGAGAGUGAGGAUGAAGCAGAUGAUGAUGAUGACCCUGAGUAUAACUUCCUGGAAGAUCUGGAUGAACCAGACACAGAAGACUUCAGGAAUGAUCGUGCUGUGAGAAUCACCAAGAAAGAAGUAAAUGAACUGAUGGAGGAGCUGUUUGAGACAGUAAGGGCAAGUCUAUACUACAUAAUUAAAGUCAACCUUAGUUAUGUCAACAUACAGCCACCGCAAAUUUUUUUUCCUUUCAGUUUAUUAGCUUUGGGUUUGAAACACUUUGAAGGGACAGAGUUUCCUAAACCUUUGAUCAGCAAGUAUCUCCUGCCAGCAAAGACUGCACACCAGCUGACAGUGAGAAUCAAGAAUCUCAAUAUGAACCGUGCCCCUGACAAUAUCAUCAGAUAUUAUAAAAGAACAAAGCAGUUGCCCAUUUUGUUCAAGUGUUGUGAGGAGAUCCAGGCUUCUGAGUGCAAACCCCCUGUGGAGAGGGAAGAGCAGCAUUUGCCAUUCUGGCUGAAGGCAAGUUUGUCCUCCAUUCAAAGGGAGCUGAAGCAAUUAGCAGAAGAUGCUGGGGAGGCAGCAGGUUCACCCAGUGCAGAAUCUGCUCUUUUGAGGGCAGAAAAAGAAACUUCGGAAUCACAAUGUGAUGAAAAAUACCCUCUGCUCAUGCCCAAGGGAAUAGUGCUGACACUGAAGCCUCUUGCCAACCGUUUCUCCAGGAGAGCUUGGAGGCGGCAAGGGGCUGCAGCCCUGAAGCCCCUACUCAUUCGACCAAGUCCUUGUCUGCAGCAGAGUGCCAACACUAUUAAUAUUCAGAAAGCUGCUGUAAAGUUACCCCAAUCGGAAGCUCCUCCUAGCAAAGUUGUGGUUCAAAUUCCCCGGUUAAUCCAGCCAGCUACAAUUAUGCAGACUAUGCCAGGAAUGCAGCAUUUGAACAUCCCUUCAGCAGUGGGAAGUGGCGAUUGCUUUGAAUUUCAAAGCGUGCUCUCCACUUUACAAUCUGAUUCCAGAACUUCUCUUCCAGCUGCUGUACCACCAGCACUAGUAUCCUCAACCCCUGUGACUUUUCAGACAAAAAUGAUGCCAGCAUUGACUGCCUCAAAAAUCCGCAAACCUUGUGUCCGCAGGGGAUACCAAAAGAAAAAGGGAACAAAAUCCACUCCUCUGAUAAAGGCUGCCCCUUUAAUCCAUCCAGCCCCUGUCAUCUUUACGGUACCUGCUGCUACAGUGAAAGUGGUUAGUAUUGGCAAUGGCUGCAAUAUGAUUCAGCCCAUAAACACAACAGUUGGCAGGGGCUCUCAGGCUAUUCCAAUUACAACUUUAUUGGUAAAUCCCACCACCUUCCCAUGCCCAUUAAAUCAGCCUCUAGUGUCCUCUUCUAUUCCUCCCUUGAUAGCCUCUCCUAACUCUGUAGGUCUUCCUGCUUCAUCAACUGCUGAAGACAAAGAGCAGUUGAAUCCAGUCACUUCCUGUCUUGCUGUAAAUGAUGAAAAUUCCGUCCCCAUAGCUGAGCCUAAAGUGGAACCCCAAGAGCUUUUCUCUUCAUGUUCUGCCAUCUCCCCCAAGAAGGAACACAGCACAGGUCCUGCUACUCCAGACAAUGACAGCCAGGAGAAGGUUAAAGAGGGUGAGUGUUAUAGUUGGAUAGUUGUGGAGACAAUGGAGAAGAAGGCCUUGGAGCCAUUACCCAUGGACCUCUUACCUCAUUUGGAGGAUUUAGGAGAAACAGUGAAAACUGAACCUGAAGAUUCCAGUGAUGCCCUUGAAGAAACAAACCCAACUCAGGAGAAGAAAAACUUGAACGCUGAAAUAAAGGAGGAGUUCAUACUGGAUCUAGGGCAAGAGCUGGACAUGGAGGUCGCAUCUGAGCAUCUGAGUGAACAGAAGGCAAUUAAAAAAGAGUGCACGUCCCAGCAGGAGAAGGGACGAGAUGUGGAGGCACCCACCCAGGAUGAGCAGCAGUUGGAAGACAUUGAUACAGCUGGGGUGGAAAUGAGCAAUGAGUCUUCCAAGAAUGCCUCUCAUUCAACAGAUGUUGAUGCAGAAUUCAGUAGUCCAUUGGGGAAACCAGAGGACUCAUCCAGUGUGGAUGGUCAUUCUAUGGGGACACCAGCUGGCCCUGAAGCAGUGGGAGAGAAGGACAGACAAGAAGAGGAAGAGGAGGAGGAUUUUGAUGAUUUUACUCAAGAUGAGGAGGAUGAAGAAGAAAUGUCAUCAGCAUCAGAAGAGUCCGUGCUUUCUGUGCCAGAACUUCAGGAGACAAUGGAAAAACUGACUUGGCUUGCAACAGAGAGGCGUCUGAGCCAGGAGGGAGAUUCUGAGGAAGAGAAUUCCCAGGAAGAGAACUCAGAGCCAGAAGAGGAGGAGGAGGAGGAGGGAGAAGGGGAAGGAAUGGAAAGUUUGCAAAAAGAAGAUGAAAUGACAGAUGAGAUAGCUGAAGAUGCAGCAGAGGAACCCAAAUCUGCCUUCAUUUUUACAAAGGUUGCCCCAGAGGUGGAAACCAACAGAAUGCCACCAGAUGAGAAUGCCAAAGUGCCUGGGAAAAACAGGAACUCCCACAGAGCCAGGAAUAAGAGGGGACGGACUCGUGCCAGCAAAGACACCUCCAAGUUGCUGCUGCUGUAUGAUGAAGAGAUUCUGGAGAGAGAUCCUCUCAGGGAACAGAAGGAUUUGGCAUUUGCACAGGCCUAUCUGAACAGGGUGCGCGAAGCUUUGCGGAAUGUGCCUGGGAAGUAUGAAGAUUUCCUUCGUGUUAUCUAUGAGUUUGAGACCAGCACCCACAAGCCAACUGCUGUGGAUCUGUAUUCCACUCUCCAGACCCUCCUGCAGGAGUGGCCACAGUUGCUCACAGACUUUGCUGCCUUUCUUUUGCCUGAGCAAGCUCUGGAGUGUGGAUUGUUUGAAGAGCAGCAAGCAUUUGACAAAAGCCGGAAGUUCCUCAGGCAGCUGGAAAUCUGCUUUGCUGAAAAUCCCACUCACCAUCAAAAGAUCAUCAAAGUGCUGCAAAGCUGUGCAGACUGCCUCCCCCAGGACAUUGCAGAGUUAAAGACCCAGAUGUGGCAGCUGCUGAAAGGACAUGACCACCUGCAGGAUGAAUUCUCCAUCUUCUUUGAUCAUUUACGUCCAUCAGCCAGCCGCAUAGGAGACUUUGAGGAGAUCAACUGGACAGAGGAAAAAGAGUAUGAGUUUGAUGGGUUUGAAGAGGUGUCGUUACCAGAUGUAGAAGAGGAGGAGGAAACCCCCAAGAUGCACACAGCCUCGAAAAAUAAAAAGAGGAAAGAGAUUGGAGGCCAGCACAAUGACAAGGAGAUGGAGUGGGCGGAUGGGGUGAAGGAAUGUUCGUGCUCCUGCCAUGAAGGGAGCAGUGACCCCAAACUAAAGAAGAGCAAGAGGAGGACCUGCAGCCAUUCCAACUGUAAGGUGUGUGAUAGCAAAUCCUAUAAAAAUAAAGAUUCUCAAGAGCUCACUAACAGCCUGACUCAACGAGAGUUGAGCCCUCAGCUUGAAGAGAAGGAGCUUGGGACAUGUAAGGAGCCUGCAGAGGAGUCUCUGGAGUACAGGGAUGAAGUGGAGAAUGGCCAGAGCAGAACAAAAACCAUGUCUAGGAAAGCAGACUCCCUGUCUUCAGGAUCUCAACUAGAAGGACAGUUGAUCUGCUGCAGAGGCAUGUCUUCUGAAGGAGGAUUGCCAAAUAGCAGGGUCCUAGAACUGAGCUCUACAGGAAGCCCUCUGUGCUCUGCAAAAGCUGGGGUCACUGCUGUUGUGGACACUGUAAAAGAAAGUCAAGCUGGAAUUACUGACUCUGGAUUAAAUAUAAAGCUGCCUCAACAGAACAAAAGCAACCCUUAUGGUCUAGGAAGUGAUAGUGAGACAAGAUUAAACCAGAGACGUGGAGGGACUGGUGAGGGUUCCCUUGGCCUUGCCAAGCAUGUUUUAGGGUCUGAUUCAGCUACAAGGACAGGCUGCACGGGAGCUGAUCAUUUCCCUGGAAUGCGCUCGCAACAGAAUGUAGCCCUUCAGUUCAAGUCAUCAGUUAAACCUGGACACGCUCCUUCAAAAUCAGGAGGGAGAGAAAUGGAGAGAUUGUCCUUCCCUCUGAAAGGAAAACCUGAAGUGAGGAGGAAUUGGUUGGGAGCAGUUAGAAAACUCAAGCUGAAGAUACUGGAUCAGAGCUCCCACUUGCAGGUCCCCAGUGAUCGUGUACUAUCAGAAGCAGAUGGUACUGGCUGCACUGGAGUCUCUCCUUUUGACCAGGAAUCACAGAGCAGAUUAAAGUCAAAUAAAAGUAACUGCUGCUUCGAGGUGCAGCAACUGUCUGAAGAGCUGGAAUGUAGAGCAGUUCCUUCCGACAAGGGGGAAAGGGAAGAUGAGCAGCAGCAGAAAAUCAUGGAAGCCACCGUGUGUGCAAAGAAUAGCAAAGUCAGCUCUACUGGGGAGAAGGUUGUUCUCUGGACCAGGGAGGCCGACCGUGUCAUUCUUACCACCUGCCAGGAGCGAGGAGCCCACCUGGAAACCUUCAGUGCCAUCUCACAGGAACUAGGCAAUAAAACUGCUAGUGAGGUGUCCCACCGGUUCAGGGAAUUGAUGAGGCUCUUCCAUACCUCCUAUGAUGGAAGCUCUGAGGAUGAGGAAGAUGCAACAAGCACCAGCAAUACUGACCAGCUGUCAGAUAAGGAUCUGCUCCUCUCUGAAGAAGAACAGGAUGAUUAAACACAUUUGUGCUGGUGGACAAACUACACUUGUGACAUUGUCAUUAGGUACUAGCCAGUUUGCUGCUAGAGGGAUGGUCUGGUAGAGGCAGGAAUAUUUGCACAGGACUAACUUAAAAUGGCACCUUACUUUUUGGGAUAAUCUUGCUACAUGUAUAACCAAUUACAUUUCAUUUCUGCAGGAGCACAGGUCUAAUGUGUGACACAAAAUUAGUAGAAUGAUGUUACUCUGGCAGCUUUUCAUUCUGCAAAUGUGACCUGCAUGACUAAAAGGGGAAAAUUUAUAAAGACUCCAUUGGGGCUAGGCCCUAGCUCCCAAACCCCUGCCUCUCUGUAAUAAAUUGAACAUCCUAGUGAUUUAUUGCAGAUACAGCAGUAAAAAACUUGUAAUGUAAUUAUUGUAUCAUAAGAUGUGUCCUGUUUUCAGGUGAAGUAAAUGCUUUCCCACUCUCCAA